AUAGAGCAGUUUUGAUACUUUAGGUAAGAUGAGCUUACAUGGUGAAUUAGCCAGAAUAUGGCAACCCUGAUCUCUGCGCAUGCGCACAGUAGGACUGUCUCUCGUGCUCCUGCUGUGUGUUGAUUACACCGAUGGAGGGAGACUCUGGGAAGAUGCGUGUGAUGGUGACAGGUGGCAGUGGUCUGGUGGGCAGAGCCAUAGAACAAGUGUUGAAAGAAGAAGGAGGAGCAAGAGAAGGAGAAGAAUGGAUCUUCCUUUCGUCCAAAGAUGCCAACCUAAUGGAUAUAGCUGAGACAAAAGCUGUGUUCCAGAAACACCGCCCAACACACGUCAUUCAUCUGGCAGCCAUGGUGGGUGGUCUCUUUAAAAACAUGAGGGAGAACCUUAGCUUUUGGAGAAACAACAUCUACAUCAAUGACAAUGUGCUGCAGACAGCUCACGAGUUUGGGGUGGAAAAAGUUGUGUCUUGCCUGUCCACCUGCAUCUUCCCAGACAAAACCACUUACCCCAUUGACGAGACUAUGAUUCACAAUGGUCCUCCUCAUGAAUCUAACUUUGGUUAUUCUUAUGCUAAACGAAUGAUUGAUGUCCACAACAGGGCAUAUUAUAAACAGUAUGGUCGACGGUACACUGCUGUUAUCCCCACAAACGUGUUUGGUCCCCAUGACAACUUCAACAUAGAGGAUGGCCAUGUUCUCCCAGGACUUAUACACAAGACCUACAUAGCACAGAAGGAGGGGACACCCCUGCAGGUCUGGGGUUCUGGCCGUCCACGACGACAGUUUAUUUAUUCACUCGAUUUGGCGCGACUCUUUCUUUGGGUGCUCAGAGAAUAUAAUGAGGUGGAGCCAAUCAUACUGUCAGUUGGAGAGGAGGAUGAAGUGUCCAUCAAGGAAGCUGCAGAUGCAGUUGUUGAAGCUUUGAAAUUCAAAGGGGAAGUGGUUUAUGAUACAAGUAAAGCUGAUGGACAGUUCAAGAAAACAGCCAGCAACGCUAAACUCCGCAAGUACCUUCCUGACUUCACCUUCACUCCUUUCCACAAAGCCAUCAAGGAGACCUGUGAUUGGUUUGUGGCCAAUUAUGACAUCGCUCGCAAAUGAGGAUCACUGGAGAAUGCCACCUUUCUUGCUGCACCACUAUAGGAUUUGUAGCACAAAUGUUAGACCCAUUGCACUAUUGUACUCGAGGGUACUUUUAGUGAAGAAUUGAAAAAGCAGCACAUUAUUUUUAUUAUUAUUAUUAUUUGAGAAAAUAUCCACUACAUUAAAAAAAAGGCUUAAAGGAUGGCCUAAUGUGAUAAAUAUGGAAUAAAACAUGGGCAUGAUGUUACUGGAAAUUUAUCAAAACAGGGUGAUGUGAUGGAUCCUGACUCAAGUGUAGUUAUAGUUAACACCCCAAAGUUGAUUCUUUUCUCAACAGCACAUUCCAAAGCUUUUCAUUCCUCUUCUACCACAGCAAUGCCAACAUUAACAGCUUGUAUUUAUUAAAGAAUGACUUGGCAUAUGA